AGGCUCUUAGGUCCCAGCCACCUCUCCUGGCCGGGGAAGGCUGCAUGCAGCACUGCUCAACAGAAACUGCAACUGGAGCUCUGACCCCCGGAAUGCACGCAGGAGCCCCGGGUCCUAUGCUUUUUCUCCGCCUGUCUAGAUGUCAGUUUGCCGCUCUGCAAAAUGGGGUGAACCAAGAGGAGAAGGAGCCCGCGCGAGCGCACUCACCACUACGGCGGUGACAGGCUGGCCCGGGAUGUAGGACAUUUCGGCUCAAAUCUGACAAGCCGACAGCGCCCGGUGAGACCCGCAGCGAGAAUGCCCACGGCCGCGCCCUCCCUGGUUAACAAAGGGCAGCCCUGCUCGGCCCGCCCCCUCAUGAAUACUUAAUAAGCCUCCAGCCAAUCAUCAGCCGGAGCGCUGUUGGGCUUGCGGGAGUCCUGGGACUUGUGAGCCGAAGUGGGGGCAGGAGGGGAGCGUGCCCGGGGCGCAUGCGUGGGAGGGCGGGGCGGAGUUUGUGCGCCUGCGCAAGCCGAGCCCUCCCAGCAACCCUCGGCGCAAGAUGGCGGCGCGGGACGCUCCGCUUUUUCCUGUCUGAGGGGACACGAGGGACUGUGUGCCGCUGUGCUCCAGUUCCGCGUUGAGGCCGCGAGAAGGCGGAAGCGGAGCCCCGGCGGGUGCGAUGGCCGCGGUGGUGGCCAAGCGGGAAGGGCCGCCGUUCAUCAGCGAGGCCGCCGUCCGAGGCAACGCCGCGGUCCUCGACUACUGCCGGACCUCGGUGUCAGCGCUGUCGGGGGCCACAGCCGGCAUCCUCGGCCUCACCGGCCUCUACGGCUUCAUCUUCUACCUGCUUGCCUCGGUCCUGCUCUCCCUGCUCCUGAUUCUCAAGGCGGGAAGGAGGUGGAACAAAUAUUUUAAGUCACGGAGACCUCUCUUUACGGGAGGCCUCAUCGGAGGCCUCUUCACCUACGUCCUCUUCUGGACGUUCCUCUAUGGCAUGGUGCACGUCUACUGAAAUGAGGGCAGGGGUGACUUAAAGAAAGAAAGAAAAGGUUGGCAGGACUCUUGCCGGCAGUUAACACCGUGUAGACUUACUUAGUUUUUUUGUUUGUUGAGUUCGCUGCUUGUUCUGUACUGUUAUAAUUUAUAUCUGAAGACAGAGAGCCUGUAAUAUCCUUCAGAUUAAAUGAAGUGUGACGCUU